GUCAUCAUAAAUACAUUCAUGGCCCGAUGGAUUCUUUACUGAUAUUUUUGUUAUGUUCUGGUUUGGUGUUGUUGCAUUUCAUCUGUGGUGUAAGGAACUCCCAUGAAAUGUGUUUAUAUAUAUAUAGGGUGCUUGAGUGUAGACUCAUUUUACUGUUUUAAUUUUUCAUUGCCACAACUACAGGACAGGUUGUACGAAGAGCGAGAUAAGAGAUUGCAGUUUGAUGACCGCUCCCACGACAACAAUCCACCUCGAGCAGACGACAACCACCACCACUAUUCGGGUACUCGAUUGGAGGAUUGAAGAGGAGCACUCUUGGGACUUUCGUCUGCCUUGGAUUUAUUAUCCUCUGCUGCUCGAUCACCUCAAUGAUAGUAUCAUUGAUCCUUUUGAACAGAGACCAAACUUCGUCAUCCGUGGCCGAGUCUUUAACAGCCACAACGACUACAGUGACGUCGAUCCUGACAGAGUCCACCACACUUUCUGCCAACGAAUCCUCGAAUAGCACAGGGAAUACUUUGACGACCUUCGACCUCACAUCAUCGUCCUCAGAUUUUAACGCCACAUUGACAUCACCUACUUCCAACGUCACUUCGUCGCCAUUUACGUCUAAUGUUACGUCCUCGCCAUCUACGUCUGACGUCACGUCCUCGCCAUCUACGUCUGAAGUCACGUCCUCGCCAUCUACGUCUGGCAUCACAUCCUCGCCAUCUACGUCUGAUGUCACUUCCUCGCCAUCUACGUCUGAAGUCACUUCCUCACAAUCUACUUCUGACGUCACGUCCUCGCCAUCUACGUCUGAAGUCACUUCCACACAAUCUACUUCUGACGUCACAUCCUCGCCAUCUACGUCUGAAGUCACGUCCACACAAUCUACUUCUGACGUCUCAUCCUCGCCAUCUACGUCUGCAGUCACUUCCUCGCAAUCUACGUCUGACGUCACGCCCUCGCCAUCUACGUCUGCAGUCACUUCCUCACAAUCUAUAUCUGACGUCACACAGUGACCAUCUACGUCUCACUUCACACCCUCAUUCCCUACAAUCAUUCCCAGUUCUUCAAACACCACUAACAUCACACUCAUAUAAAUGCCAGCUCCGUCAGAAGCCACACCCACCAAGACCACUUCUCCCGAUUUAUCUACACUUUCAGCGAUAGAUACGACACACACAUCGCCAGCUUCAUCAAGCCUAUCUGCCCUAAAUGUGUCAUCACCAUAAGAAACUACUGUCCCAACAACGCCCAACAGGACACUGGAUGCUCAUACUUAUAAUACAGAUCAUGUGACUACUUCUGCUACUGAUGACGGUCAUCCUCAGGCCACUGUGGUCAGUACCAGACACCAUUCAUCCACAACA